GCAAGAGGAGCGGUGAUUGAAGCGGAUAGCAGCACAGAAGAGCGGCGGCGGCGUCGACGGCCAUCUUAGAGCUACCGCGGUAACCGACACUCAUCUUCUGGAUUUUAUUUUACUUGUAGGAGAAACAUUCCGCCCGACUGACAAAGGAAGAAGAAGGAUUUUUUUUUUUUUUUUACUUCGCCGUGGUUGAACUCGAAGUCGGGAUGCGGUUCCUGGGGAAUACACGAUCUGCAUCCGCUGCUGUCGGACUGGUCCUCGGACUAUUAUGUGCGGUGGAGGCAGCGAAAGUCAAUAAGCACAAACCGUGGAUCGAGACGACAUACCACGGGAUCGUAACGGAAAACGAUGACAAAGUACUUCUGGACCCUCCUCUGAUUGCACUGGACAAGGAUGCUCCUCUACGCUACGCAGGUGAGAUUUGCGGCUUCAGGAUCCACGGGCAGAAUGUCCCGUUCGAGGCAGUGGUCCUCGACAAGUCCACUGGCGAGGGGGUCAUCCGAGCCAAGGAGAAGCUGGACUGCGAGCUGCAGAAGGAGCACACCUUCACCAUCCAAGCCUACGACUGUGGAGAGGGUCCCGAUGGCGCCAACAUGAAGAAAUCCCACAAGGCCACUGUCCACAUCCAGGUAAACGACAUCAAUGAGUAUUCACCAGUGUUCAAGGAGAAGUCCUACAAAGCCACCGUUAUCGAGGGAAAGAAAUAUGACAGCAUCCUGAAGGUGGAGGCAGUGGACGCUGACUGCUCUUUCCAGUUCAGCCAAAUCUGCAACUACGAGAUCGUCACUCCUGAUGUGCCCUUUACCAUUGACAAAGACGGCUUCGUUAAGAACACAGAGAAGCUGAGCUACGGCAAAGAGCGCAUGUACAAGCUGACUGUGACGGCCUACGACUGUGGAAAGAACCGUGCCUCAGAAGACGUUCUGGUCAAGAUAAGCGUCAAGCCCACCUGCAAACCCAGCUGGCAAGGCUUCAAUAAGAGGAUUGAAUACGAGCCUGGCACAGGUAGCCUAGCUCUUUUCCCCAGCAUGCACUUGGAGACCUGCGAUGAGCCAAUCACGUCUAUCCGCGCCAUCAUUGACCUGGAAACCAACCAUAUUGGCAAGGGCUGCGACCGUGAUACCUACUCUGAGAAGUCUCUGCACAAGCUGUGUGGAGCCAGCUCCGGCACCGUGGAGCUUCUGCCAGCACCCAGCAGCUCUGCAAACUGGACGGUAGGUCUGCCCACUGAUAACGGGCAUGACAGCGACCAGGUGUUUGAGUUCAAUGGCACUCAGGCCAUCAAGGUCCCUGAUGGCCUUGUGAGCACCAGCCUGAAGGAGCCCUUCACCCUCUCUGUGUGGAUGAGACAUGGCCCCGGGGCCCAUGAGAAGGAGACCAUUCUGUGCAACUCUGACAAGACAGAGAUGAACAGACACCACUACUCGCUGUACGUUCACAACUGCCGGCUGAUCCUCCUCCUGCGCCAGGACCCAUCAGAGGCAGAGAACUACAAACCAGCCGAGUUUCACUGGAAACUCGACCAGGCGUGUGACAAAGAGUGGCACCACUAUGUGCUGAAUGUGGAGUUCCCCACGGUGUCUCUGUUUGUGGAUGGCACUACAUUUGAGCCCUUCCUGGUUACAGAGGACUACCCACUGCACUCCACCAAGAUCGAAUCGCAGCUCACCAUUGGUGCCUGCUGGCAAGGUGGAAAUGCUAGAAUGGCUCAGUUUUUCCGAGGGAACCUGGCGGGGCUGAUGAUCCGCUCUGGCAAGCUGGAGAACAAGAAGGUGAUUGACUGUUUGUACACCUGCAAGGAAGGACUGGACGUGCAGCUGCCUGAGGAGGUGGCUUCAGCUGUCAAGGUGGAGUUCAACCCCAACCAAUCCUCUCUGACCGUGGAGGGCGACGACAUUGAUGCCUUCGACAAGGUCAUGCAGCACAUCUCCUACUUGAACUCCCGCCAGUUCCCGACCCCUGGCAUCAGGCACCUCCGCAUCUCCACCACCGUCAAAUGCUUCAACGAGGAGUCCUGCGUAAUAGUGCCAGAUGCCGAAGGUUAUGUGAUGGUGCUGCAGCCUGAAGAGCCCAAGAUCAGCCUGAGUGGCAUCGACCACUUUGCCCGCAGCGCUGCCGAAUUCGAGAGCCAGGAAGGUGUGACGCUUUUCCCCGAACUUCGCAUUGUGAGCACCAUCACCCGCGAAGUGGAGGCCGACACUGAGUAUGAAGCGGCAGAGGGAGCUGAUGAUGACCCUACGGUCCAAGAGACAGUGGUGUCAGAAGAGAUCAUGCACAACCUGGACACAUGUGAAGUGACUGUGGUGGGAGACGAGCUGGACGGGGAGCACGAGGGCCUGGAGGUGGACAUGUCCCAGCUGCAGCAGCACGGCCUGGAGAUGAGUUCCUCUAACCUGGGCCUCGUCGUCACCGGUGUGAACACCAUGGCCAACUACGAGCAGGUCCUACAUCUUAUCCGUUACAAGAACUGGCACACCGAGGCUCUCUUCGACAGGAAAUUCAAACUGGUCUGCUCCGAGCUCAACCGUCGCUACAUCAGCAAUGACUUCAAGGUCGAGGUGAAUGUCAUCCACACAGCCAAUCCUGUGGAGCAUGCCAACAAUGCCAUGGUGCAGCCCAACUUCAUUAACCCUGUGCAUCAUGCCUCUGUGGAUCUGUCCGGUCACAACCUGGUCAACGCUCACCAGGCCUCAGUUGUCCCCAGCGCUGCCACCAUUGUCAUCGUGGUGUGCGUCAGCUUUCUGGUGUUUAUGAUCAUUCUGGGCGUGUUCCGCAUCCGCGCUGCACACCAGCGUACCACGGGAGACCAGGAGAACGGCAAGGAGAACGAGAUGGACUGGGACGACUCAGCCCUCACCAUCACCGUCAACCCCAUGGAGACGUACGAGGACCAGCACAGCAGCGAGGAGGAGGAGGAAGAGGAGGAGGAGAGCGAGGAUGGAGAGGAGGAAGAUGACAUCACGAGCGCUGAGUCAGAGAGCAGCGAAGACGAGGAGAGCGCGGAGCCAGAGGACCAGCAGGGGGCCAGCAGACAGCAGCAGCUGGAGUGGGACGACUCCACCCUCACUUACUAAAACAUCACACACAAACACACACACACAUAACACUCAACACAAUCUCUCUCACACACACACACACACAUCACCAACUCACUCACACUCACUCAGAUCCUCAUACUCACUCCCACCCCCCUACAAAACAAAAAAUAUAAAAAAGCAAAACUAGAUUUCCUUCAGCGUAUAUAUGGUCAAGGCUUUCCUGUUGUUAUCUUAGUGGUGGUACUCAGUGUAGUGUAGUCAUCACCGGAUUGCGGAUUUUUACUGUUCAUUUUUUUUAUUUAUUAUAUUUUAAUUUCCAGGAAAACUUGGCCUACAUUGGUUCUGAACUGAGUGAAGAAGCCAACCCUGCACUUUUUCGUUUUCUCUCAGACGUAAAGCUUUCAAAUGGAGACUUUUUCCCCACCUCAUUUCUUUGCGUGAUGCUUUUAGAAUGGUUUGCCGCUAAUCUCACGUACAGCUUUGACUUGAGUUCUCUCGACUUAUAGUCCACCGUGACGCGAAACGAUGCUUUUAACAAAUAGAUCGCUUUUUUUUCUUUCUUUUUUUAGUGCAUGAGGAUAUUUGAGAAGUCAUAUGUGUAGAGAAAUAAAUUGCUUUUUAAAGAUUUUGUAAAUAUAAAGAAACCAUGUAAUUAGUCGAUGUGUUAGUGAAGGCCUACUCAACAGGGUCCAAUAUCUAAAAUGGCGCAGUUCGUAAUGUAGAAUAUUUGUGUCACACAGGCUGUACGCAUGUCGCUAAAUUUCUGCGAAAAGCUUUUCAUCAUGCUUGUACAAAAAUGUCUGCUUCAUGAUGGGAAACCCGGGACUGUUGAGCGGAGGUUUCCAUGACAAAGUGGUGUCCAUUUUGUCUUUUUCUUUUUUUUUGCAAGGAGGAAAAUCAAUUCUUUUGCUUUCUCGUAGGCAGGACCGGUGGAUGGUUUCAGCUUCAUACAUUGCUUUGCUUUGCUUGCACAAUGCUCCACUGCAGGCGUCGGUGUAUUUCAUUCCCAUUAGAUCUCACUGUUGUACAGAAGGGAUUUUCUUUUUGUUCAGAUUAAUCAUACUCAGAAAUGAUAAUUUUUAAAACAAUCUACAUUUCGUGUGGAACAGUACAAACACUCGGCCGGCGAGGUGCUGCAGUGCUGUUGAUCUUGAAAUAUGGGUACUAAUGUUUCUGCCAGAGAAUUUGGACGAGCAGAGCGAUUUCCUCAGCAGCUUUAAAAGCCCUCUGUGCGUAUCCCAGUGCUGCUGUGUGGACAGACGUAGGGAGGAAGACCCCCGACUCACUACUGAGAGAGCAGAGGCGUGACAGACAGCUUUAGUACAGCCCGGUUGAAUAGUGCAGUUGCUGGCAUUGUUUUAAGGGAGAGAAAUGAAAGUACUUUUCAGGAUUGUUUUAUUGCAAGUUCCUUUUCCAUGGCACGGCUAUUUAACCUGAAAUAAUAAUAAUGAAGACGUAUAUUAGAUGCAUUUUUAAACUGGUUCCAAUUGCAGAAUAUGCACCGUCUUUAUCGCAGCACAAAGAAUUACAACUGAGGUUAUGACUGCAUAGUUUACAGAAAGAAAACAGUUUGAGAAUGAAUCUUCUUAUUCUUAAAAUGAAAUAUUUUUUUGCCGUAGACCACUAGAUUUUAUUGUACAUGUAACUGUACUGUAGAGUUGUUCUAAGAUAUUUGUUUACAUUUGGUAAACUUAUUUUCCUUCUGGUGUCAGCAUAAAGCUUAUACAAUUGAUUGCGAAAAUGUGUCCAACCUCUAUCUCCUCUCAGACACUGUUGUCCAUCACUGUUGUAUAUAUAUAUCUUUCACAAAGCCAGAUACAGAUGUACCUCCACGCUAAACUAUUUGGUGUUUGUCUCUUGUUUUUGGGUACCAAGUUAAAAUGUUAACAUUUCCCAAACCUGGAUUAAUUAAAGCAAAUCAGAUUUGGGGCAUCAAGUGAACAGAAUGUGGCAUUAUAAAUCUGGAUUAGAAAUGUCGGUGUUUUGAGGCUCGUAUUUAGCGUUCAAGUCUAUUUUUAGAGGCCAAAAUUGAAUUCAAAUACACGUUCAAGGCUUCUUCUGAGGGUUUGAGUUGCACAGUUGUGUUUCUGAGGUUCAAUUAAUUUAUACUUUAUAAAAGAGGUCUGUGGUGGAAGUGUAGUGAACAGUCUCCCCUCCAUGAUGACU